UUCAAAGAGAUUAUUGCUUUUUCGUCGCUUUCGUCUUUAGAAUUAUGUAAACGCGUGUGGAGACGAAACAUUGUACAAUAAUUUGAACCUAUUACAGUAGUCUUUUUUUAAUUCGUCAUGGCUAAAGACAAGAAAGAUAACGAAGAUGAAUUCUCCGCUAAACUGGAUAUGUGCCUUACUGAUGGCAUAGUAAAAACCGGGAGUGGUGUAUUACUUGGAGCCUUAACUUCAGUUCUAUUCUUCCGAAGACGGAGGUGGCCAAUAAUUGCAGGCAUGGGAAUGGGAAUAGGCAUAGCAUAUGCAAACUGCGAGUAUGAACUCAAUCCAAAGAAAAAUGCAGCCUAAGACCUGUAUUAUAUGGUGGAUAGUCAACUUGCAUUUAAGUGACAUUUUUGAUCGAUGGAGCUGGCCCUGUAGACAUUUUCUUUAGAAAAUAAUGUAAUUUGUUUGUGUACAAAUGAUUAUCAUGUUGUAAUAAAUGUGUUUUAUUUAUUUC